UCGGCUUCCUUCCUUCUUACCAUCACUACCGUCGCAACCUCCGCGGAUACCUCCUUCACUGUGACUUCUACGUCCUCCAGCGCGUUACUUUCAAAAUGUCCAGUCGCCGAGCUCAAACACGACGGAACACUUCAACAUCUAGUACAUCUAUUCAACCGCCUAGGCAAAAGCAUUCCACAAUGAAAGGCGAACAAACUUUGCUUUCCAAUUCUCCCGAUUUAAAUGACUUCUUGGACGAAUACGCUCUGCAGUCUCCAACUUCAUCUGGCGUCAUGACCUCUACAAACUAUCUCAGACUCCGCUUGCAUCUCCAGCGCGUGCCUUCUUCGCGGAUUGACUUCUUUGUUGAGCCUAGUUUGCAGGACCGAUAUUUCACUUAUUCCCCGGACGUCGACGCCCUCUUGUACAAGGGAAUCCGUGUUGCAUCACAAGAUGAGAUACCCUAUAUACUUUCUCAAUUCAUCUUCAAGAAGGAAUCGACACGCUCCGUGCAUACCAGGAUUUCAAAGGAAUAUUCUUUCAUUCCGUAUGAAGUUGUGGCGGAAUACUACAGACGAUUUCCUCGACCAUCAGGCCGUAAUAUCAGAGUCUCGAAGAAAAAGAAGAGGGAUUCGCUCAUGGUCUCAGAGAAGGAGAACUACCCUCUUUCCAGGAAGGGCAUGACUAAGCUUUCUCCCUCUACUGCUCUGUCUCUUUCAUACCUUCCUUUUCCCUUCGCGAAUUCUCUCGUCACCACUAAUCUGCGUUAUCUUUGAAGCACAGUCGUCGUCGUAGCGCCGGAGCCAUUGGACGUCAAGGUCAUUUGUUGCCUUUACGUUCAAUUUCUAGGUCUUCUGUCAACGACUCAGAGGUUACGUCAGAGGUUGAAGUAGAGGAAAUCCUCCUGUCGCUAGGCUAGAUUACAGUCCAUAUCAGAGACUAGAUAUUCGAGGGCAUCGGCGUU